GCCAAAUUUCACUGAGGAAACCGUUUGUGUUUAAGCAGUAAAAACCAGUGGCAUAAAAUUUCCGCCUUAAAACAAAGGCAUAUAUUGCAUGUAGUCAGUUUAUCCAAUCCCGCCAAAUUUACCUUCGGGCAUCUCUUGUCUAUUGGUUCUGUUUACACAGUUUUAACUGCUCACCUCUCCAUUCAUAAGCAUACGCGAGAGAGACAGUGGUGACUGUGAUGGGUUACCAGGUAAGGGAGUGAGCGACAGAGACUGCAGCCAUGGCAACGCGACUGGUGUAAGCUGUCUGCUUGUAUAGCCUACUGGUGACAUUGGGAGAUAAGGACCACGCGCUUUCGCAAUCCGCCUGCGUCAGGGUCCAUCCCAAAGCAAUACCGUCAUGGACGAAACCGAGGAUGCCGAUGAAGACCACAAAGGGACCAAGAGCAGUGCCAUCCUCGACUCUUCCUCCAAGAUGAAGAAUUUAACACCAGGAGGUGGAGCAUCGGCAGCGAUGAGCAGGAUCACCAAUAAUGAUCUCCGCGUCGCGCACGACAAGGACUUCGCCUCCGUCUCGUGUGGACGCACCACGGAAUCCGCGGACGGAGAUGUCCCCAGGUUUACAGACGCGGUCACCAGGGGUGCCGUGGAAAAGACCUUUGGACCUUGGGGAUUUGAAGGCGAGGAGGGCACCGGAAUGAGAUGCGCAAUCAACGGCGACUGCAGAAGAGACGCGGCCACCUCCGGGAGCUUGUCCUCGAUUGUCUCUAAACAAGAGAAGCAUACAGGUGGAGGCUUCACAGCAUCUGCAUGCCACUCCACCACCGCCAGCAUGGAUGGCUCGGUCACGCCUGCGGGGGCCGAGACGGCGAGUUUAGGGGCCCCAGCCGUUCCCACGGACAAGAAAGACUCCAGAGUUUCUUUCUCCAACGCGCCUAGCAGAAAACCUUCUUCACCUGCUCACGGAGCGACUCCGAACCUGUCGGGCAACUCUGUCACCUUUCCCAAAUUUGAGGAUGGACAGAUUUUGGCAGAUGAUGCAGACUCCAAAGACAAUCAAACUUACAUGCAAAGACAGUUUAGUUCCAUGCUCCAGCCCGGGGUCAACAAAUUUUCACUGCGUAUGUUUGGAAGCCAAAAGGCAGUGGAGAAGGAACAGGAACGAGUCAAAUCGGCCGGCAACUGGAUUAUUCAUCCAUACAGUGAUUUCAGGUUUUACUGGGAUUUCACGAUGCUAAUGUUUAUGGUAGGCAACUUGAUUAUCAUUCCCGUGGGCAUCACCUUCUUCAAAGAGGAGACCACAACCCCUUGGAUUAUCUUCAACGUAGUGUCAGACACGUUCUUCCUCAUGGACCUGGUGCUGAACUUUCGUACAGGCAUAGUCUACGAAGAAAACACAGAGAUAAUACUGGACCCCGAGAAGAUCAAGAUGAAGUAUCUGAAGUCGUGGUUCGUAGUGGACUUCGUAUCUUCCAUCCCGGUGGAUUAUAUCUUUCUCAUUGUGGAGAAAGGCAUUGACUCUGAGGUCUACAAGACGGCCAGGGCGUUGCGGAUCGUGCGCUUCACAAAGAUCCUCAGUCUGCUGCGGCUCCUUCGACUGUCCAGAUUGAUUCGGUACAUCCAUCAAUGGGAGGAGAUCUUUCACAUGACCUAUGACCUGGCCAGCGCUGUAAUGCGCAUUAUCAAUCUGAUUGGCAUGAUGCUUUUGCUGUGCCACUGGGACGGUUGCCUGCAGUUUCUGGUGCCCAUGUUGCAGGACUUCCCUUCGGACUGCUGGGUGUCCCUUAAUAAGAUGGUGAACGACUCCUGGAGUGAGCUGUACUCCUUCGCUCUGUUUAAGGCAAUGAGCCAUAUGCUGUGCAUCGGUUAUGGACGCCAGGCACCUGAGAGUAUGUCUGAUAUCUGGUUGACCAUGCUGAGCAUGAUUGUGGGAGCCACCUGCUAUGCCAUGUUCAUCGGCCACGCCACCGCCCUCAUUCAAUCGUUGGACUCUUCCCGUCGCCAGUACCAGGAGAAGUACAAGCAAGUUGAACAGUACAUGUCGUUCCAUAAACUUCCGGCUGAUUUCCGGCAGAAGAUCCAUGACUACUACGAGCAUCGAUACCAGGGAAAGAUGUUUGACGAGGAAAGCAUAUUGGAGGAGUUGAAUGAGCCGUUACGAGAGGAAAUAGUCAACUUUAACUGUCGGAAGCUGGUGGCGUCUAUGCCUCUCUUCGCAAACGCGGAUCCCAACUUUGUGACAGCCAUGCUAACCAAGCUCCGCUUCGAGGUCUUCCAACCCGGAGAUUACAUCGUUCGCGAGGGAACCAUCGGCAAAAAGAUGUACUUCAUUCAACAUGGUGUUGUCAGCAUUUUGACCAAGGGGAAUAUAGGCAUGAAGCUUUCAGACGGCUCCUAUUUUGGGGAGAUCUGCCUGUUGACGCGUGGAAGACGAACUGCAAGCGUGCGAGCAGACACCUACUGCCGGCUGUACUCGCUGUCUGUGGACAACUUCAAUGAAGUCCUGGAAGAGUAUCCGAUGAUGAGAAGAGCAUUUGAGACGGUAGCCAUUGACCGCCUUGACAGAAUAGGCAAGAAAAACUCCAUCCUGAUGCACAAGGUACAGCACGAUCUUAACUCUGGUGUCUUCAACAACCGUGAGAACGAGAUGAUCCAGGAGAUUGUAAAGUACGAUCGGGAAAUGGUCCAACUGGUUAAACAAGGGGACACGCAGAGACCCAGGUCCAUGUCUGUGACUCCUUCAAGUCAUGGCGGAAUGUUUGCACCUUCCAGCCAACCUUCCACCAGCUCUGCCAUUGCAUCUCUCCAACAUGCUGUGGCCAUGAGCUUCUGCCCCCAGAUGGGAAACCCUCUAGUGGGUUCUGGGGCCAUUCAGUCUCCCCGCAUGGUGAGGCGCUUCCAAGUGGUCCAGAGCCAGACACCUCCAGGGUCCCAGUACUCCACCCUAGCCCUCGCUUCAGCUCUUGCCAGCACACCUGUCCAUAGCCCCCUGCCAACUGCCAGUCGAAUAUUUCAGUAUGGCUCCAGUCCCCCAGGUGCACCCACAGGGUCGCAGCUAUCCCUGGUGCAACAACAUGUUCCAAGCCCCACACAUCGACUACCAGGCCCUCCAAGAAGCUCUUUAAGUCAGGAUGCCCGAGCUCUGUCCGCCUCACAGCCAUCCUUGCCUCAAGAUGUGCUGCAGCCAGCUGCCCCAAGCCCUCCCCAAUCCACCCGAGUUUCCUCUACUUCCAUCGGUCCUUUGCAGAAUCUCCCAGGUCCUGCAGGUUUUAGAGGUGGCAUCCCUCCAAGAAUGGUGCUGCCGCACCAAAUGUCCGUCGGCGCAUUUCCUCCUGCUUCUCUCCCCCAAAUGAGAUCCAGCCUGGAUUCAGGACGGCCCAAGAAGGAUUCAAUAAUAAGCCUGCCAGAAACAGAACAUCACAUCAGAUCUAGAUUAUCAUCAAAUUUGUGACCACGAUGGAGCUGUUGGGCACUUUCUAUUGUUGGGAACAUCUGUACUUUCCUUCACCGAGAACGUUUCCCAUUCCCAGUCACACCUUGGAUUUGACUCUCAUAGUGUGCGAUGUGGCUUGCGCAGGGCCCUCAGACUUGACUCCAAGAACGUGUCUGUAUAAUUUGAUCUGGACUUUUAGAUCGUACCUAUGAUAUAAACAUUAAUGUAGCUUCCACACAAUAUGCCUCUUUGAAAUGGUUUUCUUUGUUGUAGCUGUUCACAAAGAUUACAAAUAUACUCACCUCCUUUUAUAUACAGUAGUACAAAGAUGCAAACUGUUGUGAGUCUAAAUACCGGGGAAUAGCUGUUCGCUUCUGAUCACAAUGUAGGAGCUGAUUCUCUCCUCUUAACACAAACUGGCUAGACGAUAGAUAUUAAACCUAUUAUGCACAUUAUUGUUAUAGAAAACUGAGAAAACAAUGGCGUAAUAAAUGGCUGCUGAAUUGAGUUCUUAACCGCUAGUAAUUGUGAUUCUUACUGGAAUGGAACUGUAAUUGUUUUUUAUAUAUAUAUAUAUUUCUUAAUAACCAAAGUUUGGCCAAAAGAAAAUGUUAUCAUGAGAUGACAUGUAAAGGUGUGUUAAAUGAAAUGGAAGUAUAAAGCAAAUAUAAUUUCACUGCCUUGAUUUUGACUAACAUUGUGUGACUUUUUAUGGUCUUACAGGAAGUAUCUUUCUUCACAAACGUAAGCUAUUCGUAAUCAGUGACAGAUUUUCAAAGAACUGUGGCAAUGUCCUUUGCUUAGUAGUAUCACACUUCUUAGAUGUACAUUGCCAGUGAUUACACCCUCGCUUUUGAAUUGUGACAGCAUCCAUCAGGCAACAAGACUCUUUACUAUCUAUUGUUUUGCGCAGCUAAAUAACUUGCUCGCCAUGGCUACGUAAUUAGGCGCCGAGAUCCUCUUGGUCUGUGAAUCUUUGAAAACCUAUUUAUAUUCCACUGUUACAGCACAUACCGUUUCACUGCUUUAAAGUGACGCACUAUAAGCUCUGUUGUAGCUUUUUAUACUGUUGAGUAUUAAAAUCCUGAUGUAGGACAAAGGCAAGUGUGUAUUUGGUAGAUUAUGUUUAAAAUAAUUGGUUGAAAUUAUAUCAAACUGUUUGUAUGCAACUGUUUAUAAUGUCUUUACCUUACAAAAACUAGUGAAUGAGGUCUAGACACUAGCCCAGGACACAAUUGCUGAUUUAAAAAAAAAAAUCUUAUAGCGUACACUUAAUGAUGUACAAAGCCUCCAAUUUAUGUUUGACCAA